AAAUUAUUAUUGCACCAGAAAAAUCCAUGUGUCAAAGUAUGUACCGAAACGCCCAAAAAGGCUUUGCCUUGCCCAUAUAAAAGGGACCCCAUAUGCCCUAAAUCCUACAACUUCAUCAAACUCUAUCAGCUUCUUCAAUUAACCUCUCAAACCUUCCUUAAUUUCAACCAUUUCUACUGCAUAUAUAUAUAUAGAGAGAGAGAGAUCAACAAACAUUAUAUCAAUCUUGAAGAACCAUGGAUAGGUCUUUAACCCCAGUCAAUGGCUAUGAAUCAUUCAGCUCCAAGAAGGUCUCCUCUAGAGGUGGCUGGAAUGCUGCAAUUUUCAUCAUUUUUGUUGAGGUGGCAGACCGGUUUGCCUACUAUGGGAUAGCCGGAAACCUGAUCAUGUACCUCAUAAAUGUUCUUCACCAACCAAUCUCCACCGCCGCCAAGAACGUCAACUUAUGGGUCGGCGUCUCCUCGAUCUUCCCUCUCAUCGGAGGCUUGGUCGCCGACUCUUUCCUCGGUCGCUUCAACACCAUUGUUCUCUCUUCCGUCAUUUAUCUCAUGGGAACGGUUAUGCUUAGCUUAUCAGUGUCAGCGAUUCCUAUGCAUAUUCGGAAGACAGUUUUCUUCGUAGCGCUUUACAUCUUAUCGGUUGGCGAAGGAGGCCAUAAGCCUUGCGUUCAGACUUUCGCCGCCGACCAGUUCGACGAGGACUCGCCGGAGGAGAAACAAGCCAAAGCCUCAUUCUUCAACUGGUGGUAUUUAGGGAUAGUAUUUGGCUCCUCCACCGCCAUUCUACUUGUCAUUUACAUUCAGGACAAUAUUAGUUGGGCAUUGGGAUUCUGGAUGUUGACGGCAGUGCUAGCCGUGGCACUGGCAUUAUUUCUGGUGGGAAUCAAGAGAUACCGGAGGCAGGUUCCGGUGGGCAGCCCCAUGACUUCGGUGGCACAGGUGAUCGUGGCGGCCGCUAGGAAGUGGUGCGUGGAUGAGACGCGCGGGCGUUUUGGGAUCUAUUAUGGGGAUCAUGAAAGGGAUGGGACCCUGGUGAAGGGUCAACCGGGUGCUUACAUUUUGGGCCGUACCAGCCAAUUCAGAUUCUUAGACAGAGCAGCAAUCAUAGACAACCUUGAUGCAUCAAGAGAAACAAGAAAUCCAUGGAGGCUAUGCUCACAAAGCCAAGUAGAGGAAGUGAAGCUUGUCAUUCGUCUCAUCCCCGUAUGGCUGAGUUGCUUGAUGUUCAACGUAGUCCAAGCUCAGCUUCACACCUAUUACACCAAGCAAAGCAGCACAAUGAUCAGGUCAAUUGGACACUUCCAGCUCCCGCCGGCAAUACUCCAAAGCCUCGUUGGCCUGACCAUCCUCAUCGCCGUUCCCGUCUACGACAAACUUUUCGUUCCCUUUGCUCGAAAAUUCACCAAACACCCAUCAGGCAUAACAGUCCUACAAAGAAUUGGGGUUGGCCUAUUCCUCUCGAUACUCAACAUGGUUGCCUCAGCGCUAGUAGAGGCCAAAAGGGUCAAAAUUGCAGGAGAGCACAAUCUCUUGGACAAUCCCAAAGCUAUAGUGCCAAUAAGAGUUUGGUGGCUAUUCCCACAAUACAUGAUAUGUGGAUUGUCUGAUGCAUUCACAGUGGUUGGGCUUCAAGAAUUGUUUUAUGACCAAAUGCCAGAGUCAAUGAGGAGCUUAGGAGCAGCAGCAUAUAUAAGCAUUGUUGGAGUUGGGAAUUUCUUAAGCAGUUUUAUUAUAACAAUAGUGCAAGAAAUAAGCUCUAAGCAUGGUGAGGAAUGGCUUGGGAACAAUUUUAAUAGGUCACAUCUUGAUUACUUCUACUGGUUAUUGGCAGGGUUGAGUGGCUUGUUUUUGUGCGUUUAUGUUUGGGUUGCGAAGGGUUUUGUGUAUAAAAAAGUUGAAGGGCAAGAAACUCAGAAGGAGAAAGAGUUGAGUUCCAAUGUAUGAGAUUUAGAGGGGUUAGUAUUGUGGUGUUUUACCAAUUAGAUUUGAUGUAGAAAAACAAAGCUCUGUGGACUCUAUGGAUAUGCAAUUAGCUCUACUAGCAGGUAAACUACAAGUAAAAUGUUCAAAUAUAUAUAUAUAUAUAUAUAUACACAUAUUAAAAUGUGUAUAUAUGCAUAUAUAUUGGUUUUAGUGUUGGACUAGCUAAUUGAUUAAGUGGGAGUUGUUCAGUACAUGUGUAAGGAAAUGAUAUAUAUUAGAGUAUUAUGGCUUUUGUGUU